UGGCGUCACUUCCACUACAACGAUGGCGGCACAGGGAGCAGCUGCGGCGGUUGCGGCAGCGACUUCAGGGGUCUCGGGGGAGGGCGAGCCCGGACCCGGGGAGAAUGCGGCGGUCGAGGGGACCGCUCCGUCCCCAGGCCGCAUCUCUCCGCCGACCCCGGCGCGCGGCGAGCCGGAAGUCACCGUGGAGAUCGGAGAAACCUACCUGUGCCGGCGGCCCGAUAGCACCUGGCAUUCUGCUGAAGUGAUCCAGUCUCGAGUGAACGAUCAAGAAGGCCGAGAGGAAUUCUAUGUACACUACGUGGGCUUUAACCGGCGAUUGGAUGAAUGGGUCGACAAGAACCGGCUGGCGCUGACCAAAACAGUGAAAGAUGCUGUGCAGAAGAACUCAGAGAAGUACCUGAGCGAGCUGGCCGAGCAGCCGGAGCGCAAGAUCACUCGCAACCAAAAACGCAAGCAUGAUGAGAUCAACCACGUGCAGAAGACCUAUGCAGAGAUGGAUCCCACAACAGCAGCCUUGGAGAAGGAACAUGAGGCGAUCACCAAGGUGAAGUACGUGGACAAGAUCCACAUUGGGAACUACGAAAUCGACGCCUGGUACUUCUCCCCAUUCCCUGAAGACUAUGGGAAACAGCCCAAGCUCUGGCUCUGCGAGUACUGUCUCAAGUAUAUGAAAUAUGAGAAGAGCUACCGCUUCCACUUGGGCCAGUGCCAGUGGCGGCAACCCCCGGGAAAGGAGAUCUACCGCAAGAGCAACAUCUCUGUGUAUGAAGUGGAUGGCAAAGACCACAAGAUUUACUGCCAGAACCUGUGUCUGCUGGCCAAGCUCUUCCUGGACCAUAAGACGCUAUACUUUGACGUGGAGCCGUUCGUCUUUUACAUCUUGACCGAGGUGGACAGGCAGGGGGCCCACAUCGUCGGCUACUUCUCAAAGGAGAAGGAGUCCCCAGAUGGGAACAACGUGGCCUGCAUCCUGACGCUGCCCCCCUACCAGCGCCGUGGCUACGGGAAGUUCCUCAUAGCUUUCAGCUAUGAGCUCUCAAAGCUGGAGAGCACGGUCGGCUCCCCUGAGAAGCCACUGUCUGACCUGGGCAAGCUCAGCUACCGCAGCUACUGGUCCUGGGUCCUUCUGGAGAUCUUGCGAGACUUCCGGGGCACCCUGUCCAUCAAGGACCUUAGCCAGAUGACGAGCAUCACUCAGAAUGACAUCAUCAGCACCCUCCAGUCCCUCAACAUGGUUAAGUACUGGAAGGGCCAGCACGUGAUCUGUGUCACACCCAAGCUGGUGGAGGAGCACCUCAAAAGUGCUCAGUAUAAGAAACCACCCAUCACAGUGGACUCUGUCUGCCUCAAGUGGGCACCCCCCAAGCACAAGCAAGUCAAACUUUCCAAGAAGUGAGUGGCCUGCGCCUCUGCUCCUGGACCUGUGCCUCCUUGCCCCCAGCCUGUAAAUAUGUACAGACCUGUUUCAUCACUUUUUUAAAUAAAGUAAGUGCUGCUGGUGUCCCAGA